AUGGCAAUGAGCUCCGCCCCGGACAUCGAUAUGGUCAUUGAAGAAACAAGAAGGACCGCGUUCACAAACAGAAUCGCCUGCCUAAGACUACAUCACGUGGGAAAAUUAAAAUUCCCCGAGUACGCCGGAAACACAGACCCAAAAGCCCAUGUGCGAGCCUUCCGCCUAGCGAUAUCGAGAGCACACCUCACUGACGACGAGAAAGAAGCUGGAUACUGCCGUUUCUUCGCCGAAAAUCUCACUGGAGCCGCGCUAGAAUGGUUCGCCGGACUAGAACAAAAUUCUAUUGACAACUUCACCCAGUUGGUGUCAACAUUACUGAAACAAUGCUCAGUCUUCAUAGAGACCAAAGUUACCGAGGCAGACCUUUGGAAUCUCAAACAAGCACCUUUCAAACCUUUAAGAGCAUACAUAAACAAGUUCCGAGAAAUCAAAGCCAAGAUUUCGCACCCAAACGAGAUCGUCGCCCUAGCAGCAUUGAAGAAUGGAGUUUGGUUCUCAUUCAAAUUCAGGGAAGAACUGGCAGUUCGAACACCUGUAUCACUGGACGAUGCCUUACACAGAGCCUCGUACUUCGCCAACCACGAAGAGGAGGUCGCAGCAUUAAAGGAACAAUACAGUGCGAACAAGAACAACGCAAUCAAAAAGCCGGCGACCCCCAAAGAACCAACCACCAAGGGACAAUACUCCUACUCAAUAAAUAACUCGCCGCAGAAAUCGUCGAUGUACGACCUCAGCAAAUACUGCACUUUCCACGACUGCAAGGGCCACUCAGCCGAAGAAUGCCGAGAUGCACCUAGCAAUUAA